GAGCCUGUCAGCGGCUGCGCCCGUGUGCGCAUGCGCAGCUCCGAGGACGCCUGCGCCCUGCCUGUGAACGUGUGGCGCCCGCUUUCCCUGAGCCGGCGAGGCAGAGCGCAGGGAGCUGGAGGUCGGCGCUUCCUCUCGGGCUUGGUCCACUGACGCGCGGCCCCGCCGCGAGGAGCAUCAGAUCCAUGCUGCUGCUGACUCGGAGCCCCACGGCUUGGCACAGGCUCUCUCAGCUCAAGCCUCCGGUCCUCCCUGGGACCCUGGGAGGCCAGGCCCUGCAUCUGAGGUCCUGGCUUUUGUCAAGGCAGGGCCCUGCAGAGACAGGUGGGCAGGGCCAGCCCCAGGGCCCUGGGCUUCGAACCCGGCUGCUGAUCACAGGCCUGUUCGGGGCUGGACUCGGUGGGGUCUGGCUGGCCCUGAGGGCUGAGAAGGAGAGGCUGCAGCAGCAAAAGCGAACAGAAGCCCUGCGCCAGGCAGCUGUGGGCCAGGGCGACUUCCACCUGCUGGAUCACAGAGGCCGGGCUCGCUGCAAGGCUGACUUCCGGGGCCAGUGGGUGCUGAUGUACUUUGGCUUCACUCACUGCCCUGACAUCUGCCCAGACGAGCUGGAGAAGCUGGUGCAGGUGGUGCGGCAGCUGGAAGCAGAGCCUGGUUUGCCUCCAGUGCAGCCUGUCUUCAUCACUGUGGACCCUGAGCGGGACGAUGUUGAAGCCAUGGCCCGCUACGUCCAGGACUUCCACCCAAAACUGUUGGGUCUGACUGGCUCCACCGAACAGGUUGCCCAGGCUAGUCACAGUUACCGCGUGUACUACAAUGCCGGCCCCAAGGAUGAGGACCAGGACUACAUCGUGGACCACUCCAUUGCCAUCUACCUGCUCAACCCUGACGGUCUCUUCACGGAUUACUACGGCCGGAGCAGAUCGGCUGAGCAGAUCUCGGACAGUGUGCGGCGGCACAUGGCGGCUUUCCGCAGUGUCCUGUCUUGAGCCGCUGCAGCCUGGGCCCCAUCAUUAAACGGGCUGCGUUUAA